GUGACCUUCCGCGUGAAGGGCCGGUCUGGUCGCCGCCCCUGCCUGACCCACGCCGCUAUGUCCCCGGCACAGCCUCCGAUAGUGGGCGAGCUGCGAACCAACAUUCGCGGGUGUCGCGGGCGUCGCUUUCCCAGGCGAGGCCGCUUCCUCGAGUUACAAGAAUCACGGAUGAUCAAAGUCAAUACGGGCACCUCCGUUACGGUUGACCUUAUCAAAGCCGAGCCACAGCCCAGCGUGUCGUGAAUUCCAACAAUACCUGUAACCCCGAAUCGAGUACUACAACUUCAUUCUAUGCACUCCUCUAAAGACACCACAUCUCCUGGAAACCAGUGCCCGAAUUAACCAAGAUUUUCACUCACAUUUCUACCGUGAGUGUUUUUCGUGAAUGCGAAACCAGAUCUCCCCAAGAAGAAGAAAAAUAAUGCAGUCAAUGCUCUGUUUCCAAAGGUUAUGACACCGCAGUUCUGCAGCACCAUGGCAUUCGUACUGUGGAACAUUCGUUGCGCUCGCAGCAGGAUUCAUCUCGACCCGGAUGCGUCCCGAAACGUGUCUGAACUGAUCACCAGCAAGGGCUACCCCGUGGAAGAGUACACAGUGACCACUGAUGACGGCUACUUGCUGCGUAUGCAGCGGAUACCCCAUGAAAGAAACGACAGCACGCAACACAGGAACUACAAAAUCGCCAGCGAAGGCAAGACACCAGUACUCAUCCUUCACGGAACGGCCAUGUCGUCCGCUGACUUUGUUCUCAACUUUCCACAUCAAAGUUUGGGAUUUCUACUCGCUGACGCUGGCUACGACGUUUGGCUCGGCAACUUUCGAGGCAACAUCUACUCUAGUCACGCUAGAUACUCUAGAAUUAACCCCAUCUUCUGGAACUUCAGUUUCGAUGAAAUGGUCAAGCACGACCUGCCGGCUACGAUAGACACAGUGCUGAACCUGACACAGCAAGAACGGCUACAGUACAUCGGCUGGUCUCAAGGAGCUCAGGUUUUGUUCGGUUUGCUCUCCGAGAGACCUGAGUACAACCGUAAGAUCGCACUUUUCACCGCCAUGGCUCCGGUUGCCUACCUGGGACGAAUGAGGACCCCUUUGCUGGCAUUCGAGCCGUACGCUGACGUCAUAGCGACAUUCCUCAGACUUACCGGAAGUGGAGGGCUCAUGGUAAACACAGCGCUGACGAAGCUCGGGGCCAGACUGAUAUGCGGAAGUGACUUCACAAUAGACAUGUGCAUCGUAGCGGUAGCCGUACUGAACGGCAUCAACUGGAAGCAGCUAAACAUCAGCCGGCUGUCAGUGUACCUGAGUCACGACCCAUCGGGCACGUCAGUGCGUAAUGUUUACCAUCUUACCCAGCUUAUACGUUGCAACUGCUUCCGAAAAUAUGACUACGGGAUGCUACUCAACAUACUGAAUUACCGAACGUGGCGGCCGCCCAGGUACGAGCUGUCCCGUGUACGAGUUCCCGUGGCGCUCUACCAUAGCGCAGGCGACUGGUACGCCGACCCAUGGGAUGUGGCACGGUUGCAGAGGGAGCUGCCCAGUGUUGCCCGUCUGUACAGAGUGGCCGACCAGCGGUUCACACACUACGACUUCGUUGUGGGAACGGGCGACGAGGCAGCAGUCCUCUACGGCGAGAUGAUACGCUUCAUGGAACAGUAUCGGAACGACGCCAUGGCACCUUCCCUGUGACCGCAGUGAUGUCCACUGCAUUUUAUAGACAUCCACUGCCAGGACAUGGAUAUUCAAGGGUUGUGUUGAAUCCAUCCAGUGGACAUCCCUUGCACGACCAUUUGGCUACACUUUCUAGUGUCCAGCGAACAUCCCUAGCAUUUGCCCGAAAGACAUCAGGAGG